UUAUUCCAAAAGGGAGCUAAGACUUGAUCCACUCCCAUCAUGAUGCUAUUUCUAAACCAAAAAAUACUGAGACACUUGGCUUUCUGCAUUUAAAUGGCAGUAUAAUUAGAAAUAUAUUUAAACUCUGUGUUUUGAAGCCUGUAAAAACCCCAAUCCCUCUUUUGAUGAAAAAAAACCCCUAAUCCCUUUAAUUAUAAGAAGUAAUGGAGGUUUUGAAGAAGCGGAAGACGGCGGAGGGCAGCGAUGGAAGUAGCACGCAAGAAUAUCUGCGUUCUCUUCUCGACCCGCUUAACAAAUUCCAGCUCGUUGAUCUUCUCUUAAGAUUAGGGUCUCAAUAUCCUUCCAUUGCCGAAGAAAUUAAAAGUCUAGCCAGUGCAGAUCCAGUACAUCGAAAGCUUUUUGUUCGUGGCCUUGCAUGGAAUGCCGCUUCAGAAACGUUGUGUGCUGCAUUUCGAGAGCAUGGUGAAAUAGAAGAAGGGGCUGUUAUUUAUGACAAGGAAACCGGAAUUUCUCGUGGCUUUGGUUUUAUCACUUACAAACAUAUCGAAUCAACACGAAGUGCACUGAAAGCACCAAGGAAGCUAAUCAAUGGUCGGUUUGCUGUCUGCAAUUUAGCAUGUGAAGGAUUUAGUGGGGCGAGCACAUCACCUGAUUUAGCCCAGAGAAGACUCUAUGUUUGGGGAUUGUCACCAGAGGUCAGUACUGAGAUGCUGCUUAGCUUUUUUGGAAGGCAUGGUGAGAUUAAAGAAGGUUCAGUUGCCUAUGACAAAGAGACUAAUAAAUCACGUGGGUUUGGUUUUGUCACGUACAAGACAGUGGAGGCUGCAAAGAGGGCAAUAGAUGAUCCACUGAAGCUUUUAGGGGGUAGAAGUAUCACUGUGAAGCUUGCGGAUACAAAACACAAAGGUAAAACAGCACAAACUCCUGCACCAUUAGUUCCGGUACCUGGACCAGAUACAGGCUGUCACACACAGUCUGGAAAAGCACAUCCCGCUCCUGACCUUGUCGGCUACUCGUACCCUCAAAAUAUGGCAACAUUCCCUGGGUCUUCUUACCCAAGUCACUCAACGGUACCUACUGCUCCUUAUCCUCCACUGUCUCAAUAUCCAAAUCCACUUUUCGGUAUUACCGAAGAGUCACUUGGAACACCAGCUCAAAUGGGAAUAAGAGGCUCUUCCUACCCGAAUCCUCCAAUGGCACCUGCUACUCCUUGUCCACCACAAUCACAACUUUCAUAUCCACUCGUCGAUAUUACGAAAGAACCAUUAAGAUCACCACCAAAAGAACGACUAGGAUCACCAGCUCAAAUAGGAAUAGGCGGGUCUUCCUCCCCAAAUCCUCCAACUGCACCUGUUACUACUCAUCCUCCGCAAUCUCAAUUUUUUUAUUCACUCGUCGGUAUUAAGAAAGAACCGCUAGGAUCACCACCGAUAGAACCACUAGGAUCACCAGCUCAAAUGAGAAUAGGCAGGUCUUCCUACCCGAAUCCUCCAACUGCACCUGCUACUCCUUAUCCUCCACAAUCUCAAUUUUCUUAUCCACUCGUCGGUAUUAAGAAAGAACCGCUAGGAUCACCACCGAUAGAACCACUAGGAUCACCAGCUCAAAUGAGAAUAGGCGGGUCUUCCUACCCAAAUCCUCCAAUGGCACCUCCAACUCCUUAUCCUCCACAAUCUCAAUUUUCGUAUCCACUUGUCCGUAUUAAGAAAGAACCGCUAGGAUCACCACCGAUAGAGCCACUAGGAUCACCACCGAUAGAAUCACUAGGAUCACCAGCUCAAAUGGGAAUAGGCGGUUCUUCCUACCCAAAUCCUCCAAUGGCACCUGCUACUCCUUAUCCUCCACAAUCUCAAUUUUUGUAUCCACUCGUCCGUAUUAAGACGGAACCAUUAGAAUCACCACCGAAAGAACUACUAGGAUCACCAGCUCAAAUGGGAAUAGGCGACUCUUCAUACCUAAAUCCUCCAAUGACACCAGCUACUACUCAUCCUCCACAAUCUCAAUUUAUGUAUCCACUCGUCGGUAUUAAGAAAGAACAACUAGGAUCACCACCUCAAAUGCGAAUUAGAGGGUAUCCAUAUUAAAUACUGGAACAAUGAUUUAUGCACAAAGGAGUUAACAUAUUUUCUAGCUUUGCCCCUUUUUGAUUCCUCUCUGUAGGUAAGUGAGGUAUUAUAGUCAUCAAAUAAGACUCAGUAGUUUGAUUAGAGCCAAUUUUGGGAUCUUUAAAAAGGCAACAAAUAAAAUUUUCUUUAUCAUCAUUUUAUUAUUCGCAUACUGUUUAGUUUGCUUUCUGUCUCUGAUUAAAUUCAGUUUACUGUGUUGUAAUCUAAUUUUCGAAGUAGGCAUUAAUGGUUGAAUAGUAUGAUAUGUACGUGGGAUCCGGGCUUGUGCCGAAUAUUGUUCAUUGUCUUUGUUAAGUGUGGACUGUAUGUAUAUCUGUAAGGGAUUGUUUGGUUGUUUAAAAAUGAAAGAGAAUGAAAAUAAAAACGAGAAUGAACGAUUAUUAA